UUGGGUUCAUUUUGUUGAACCACUGGUACGUUGCCAAGCUCAAUCUCAAUCACAAGUCUCACUUUGCAUUUUUCGACGACGUGCACACAUGGACUCGCCGAAGGACCCGCACGCCAAGUACGAGCCGGCGACGACGCCAGCGUACGACGAACCCGCGACCAAGAGCGCGCCUCUCGGUGAAGACGACGAGGCCAAGCACGUGCUCGAGUUUGCGGCCAUCACCAACGGCCUCGAGUACCCGCAGAUCACGCUCAAGGCGCUCAUCGUCGGCACGAUCGUUGGCAUCUUUGUCAGCGUCCUCGCCAUGUACUACAGCCUCAAGAUCGGUGUCACGCCGU